AAGCCAUAGCGGUAAGGCGCGCGGCUUCGGCCUCCAGCUGCUGGGGUCCGGGCCGCUGAGCGCGGCUGUCCAGAGCUGGCUGGCUGGACGAGGACCCGGCUCUCAUCCGGCGGCUCCUAGGACUAGGGUGUUGCGUCGGGCCGCCGGCCCCUGCGCUCGCCUACCCGGAGGGCCACCGGGCCAUGGCGGCCGCGGCCCUGGAGAGCGGAGCGCGCCUCCGCCGGGUCCUCGAGCUGUUGCCGGGACGGGCGCGCCCGGAAUCAGUGACCUUUGAGGAUGUGGCCGUCUACUUCUCUGAGAAUGAAUGGACAGGGCUGGCCCCUGCUCAGAGGGCCCUGUACAGAGAUGUGAUGCUGGAGAAUUAUGGGACUGUGACUUCCCUGGCGGCAUUUCCAUUUCCCAAACCGACUCUGAUUUCCCAGCUGGAGCGAGGGGAAGCACCCUGGUGCUCAGCUCCUUGGGGAGCUCUGGAUGGAGAGGGUCCAAGGGCCAUCUCCUCAGGAUAUCCAUUUCUAAAGCCUGCUGGGAUCUCCCAUCUUGAGCAGCUGGAAGAGCCACUGAACUUGAAACUACCAGUAGAGAGUCCAGGCCUAAUUUAUACUGAGAACAUGUUGAAGAGUGAGAAAGAAGAUUUUAUUCUGAAAGAGGAAGUUUUUGAGGAGACACAGGACCUCAUGGUGCUAUCAAGUGGAUCCCAGUGGUAUGGCUCCCAGGAUUUCUCCUUUGGAAAAACCUGUGAAGAGGAGAAAAGCAGGUUAAGGAUAUGGCUUAGCUACUCCAGUAGGAGAAAUUUGGAAAACACUACAAAUGACAUUGUAGAAGUGAUUGUCAAGGAUGAGAUGGUCUCAGUAGAAGAGGGUUCAGAGAAUACUGAUGUUAGUAACUACCUCAGGAUGCAUCAGAAAAUUCUAAAUGAGCAGGUAUUCUACAUAUGUGAAGAAUGUGGCAAAUGUUUUGAUCAAAAUGAAGACUUUGGUCAACAUCAAAGAACUCAUAAUGGAGACAAGGUCUAUGGAUGUAAGGAAUGUGGAAAGGCUUUCAGUUUUAGAUCUCAUUGCAUUGCACAUCAGAGAAUUCACAGUGGGGUGAAACCCUAUGAAUGUCAAGAAUGUGCCAAAGCCUUUGUUUGGAAGUCAAACCUGAUUAGGCAUCAGAGAAUACAUACUGGAGAAAAACCCUUUGAAUGUAAGGAAUGUGGGAAGGGUUUUAGUCAGAACACAAGUCUUAUACAACAUCUGCGAAUCCACACUGGGGAGAAACCAUACACAUGUAAGGAGUGUGGGAAAAGCUUUACUCGAAACCCAGCUCUUCUUAGGCAUCAGAGAAUCCACACUGGGGAGAAGCCUUAUGAAUGCAAAGAUUGUGGGAAAGGAUUCAUGUGGAACUCUGAUCUUGCACAGCAUCAGAGGGUCCACACUGGAGAGAAGCCUCAUGAAUGUACUGACUGUGGGAAAAGCUUCAUUUGCAAGGCACACCUUAUCCGACAUCAAAGGAUCCAUACUGGGGAAAGACCCUAUAAGUGUAAUGACUGUGGGAAGGCCUUCAGUCAGAAUUCUGUCUUGAUUAAGCACCAAAGGCGCCAUGCUAAAGAGAAACCCUAUAACUGUUGGACCUCUCACAUUCUUGAACAUUAGAGAUGCAUAUUGGUGAUCCUUGCUUAUAAUUUAUAGGCUAUAGGAGCCCCAGAGACAAGUAAGAUGCCCUUCUACAAUUUGCUAUAACCCUAAUAGCCAGUAUUAUCUUGAACAGAUACCACUCUAGCAAGUCUAGAUCCUCUGUACUGCUGUGUUUAUAUGAAGCACCACUUGAUUGAGCACCUACUCAAUUAAGCAGACCUUUCUUCCUCUUCUACUUGUAACCAGUGCCACCCAAGUUAGUAUCUAAUUAUAUGCUAUCUCAUGUUUUUCAAACAGUA